CUUUGGUUCCAUAUCUAUAGCCACUAAUAGAUAUGGUGUCCAAAUUUAGUACAAACUAUAAGCAUGCUGAAGUGUCAACUUUGUGUAAUUUUUAUGAAAGUGUGGCUGUUGACCCCUAAUAGCCAUUCUGCCUGGGAAGUGUGUAAUGAUUGCUUUGGUGCAUUUUCUGUGCACUGUCGGAGUAAAUAUAGCUACUUCUCAAAGCAGAUGGAGCUACAUGGUUUUCAUGGCCUACGAUCGCUGAGAAUCAUACAAUGGAUUUUUAUCCAGACGUUCGUAGCCAAACGGAGAGUGCAAGAAGAACAAGAAACGAGACAUCAAACUGACCAGCGUAAGAUGGAGACAACUUCGCAGAAGCUGGAAGCCCCUGCACAGUGGACGCGAACUGCCCCUGCUCGAGACGGUGAACAUCGACAUCGACAGCGACAAACCGGGGCUGCCAGACCUCACCUAUUACUGCCAGACCUCAUCGAUCACCCACGCCGUUUCUGCCGCCGCCGGCGGGGACAGGGCGCGCCACCUGCCACCCCGCCGCGUCUCACCGGCAUCGCGACGCCUCUGCAGCUAAAAACCGGCUGCAGCAGAGCCGCGGUGGUGUAA